CAGAAAUUUUCGGUGACUGCAUUUCUUGUCGUUUGGUAUAUCUGUACCACCAAGGCUCAUCSUAUUGAACAGGUAGAGAUUUCUCAGUCAGGUGAGUUCAAAGUCCAUAUUUUGGAGAGAGGCACCAAGUUUCAAGAGAAAAUCUACAUUGACCAGCAAAAUGACAUCGAGUAUUUCAAAGUACCACCACACAAUGGCAAUAUUGAGUCGGAUCAUCUGUACGACUUCAGAAUGAACAUCACAGUUAGCCGUGUGAAGAAAGAUGGUGUUUGUCAUGUCUCACCACUGCCAGAUGACCUUCCAAGACCAGACUUACUAUCUCAAGGACUAAAAUCGUUUUCUAGCACGGGUCAAAAUGCGACGAUCAAAACGGUGUCUAUGCGUUGGACACGUGGUCCAGAGGUCGACAAAACCAUUUUAAGAAAGGAAGUACGUGACUUUUGUGGUCAGUUCCCAGUCUACCAAUUGGUACCUUUUAAUCCUGACUUGGUGUCAGCAUUUAAUAGCGGUCGAGUAAAGCGUUCAUUAGUGGCCUUUCCACUCUGCAACCCAAAAAGUUUGCCUGGUAGUUGCAAUCCCAUGUCUUGGCUUUGGUCUUGCAAGAUCCGAGAUACAAGUGGUGUCUAUUAUUUGACGUGCAAAAUCAAUGCACUGAUGAAAAAAUUGGAUUGUGGUGAUCUUAGUGCGACUGACCAUCGAUUUAACAGUUUCGUUUGCUGUAAUCCCAAGUGCCCCUAAGCACAUAUAASCGGCUGCGUUAUCAAUGAUAUUGUGGUCGGGCUACUCCUUUAUAGUACACACAUACAAAUAACAAUUAUCUUUAAGAAAUUCUGUACUUUUUACUAUGCUUUUAAUCAAUAAACGCUAACAUCCUUCUCUA